CCCCAGCUGGGCCGAUUGAGGUUUUCAUAAUUGGUCCAGGUCUGGCUGGUGGGAGGCUUCAGUCGUGGCUAGUUACCACCCUACCGACAAAGACGUACCGCCAAGCGAUUUAGCGUUCCGGUAUGAUGUCGUGUACAAAUCGAAAGGGGUGUGGACUUUCAUCCUACUCCUAACAAGUUAGCCUGCUUCCAUCUUAGAUUGCAUCAUCAGUUACCAUCAGGAGAGAUUAUAGGCAAGGGCUAAUUUGUAAAGAAUAAAAAAAAACAUUUUCAUCCAAUAAACAGAAGGUCUUAAUCCGAAUCUUCUACAAUAACAUAAAAAAGAUGUCAUUCUACGCACCAUACAUUAUUAUUAUUAACCCUUAAACUAUAGCCAGGAGCUUUUUAGUAACGCAAUACUAAUUAAAUAUAUCUUUUAAUAAAAUACUUCACACAGAUGGACGAAGUUAGUUUCUAAUUCUGCUAUACGGAACACUAAAAACUGUCACACUAUAUGACACAUUUGUAACACCAUCAUUUAGUCAAGGCCCCAAUUUGCCCGCGUCCAAUUUUCCCGACAAACACAGAGGUGGUUCACCCUAGCUGUUCCAAUGACCUUGACUACGUCAGUUGGCGAGCUUGCGCCAUGGAGGCCCCCGCUCCAAUAGAAAAGUGGGGAUACACGCUUCCAUAACAAAACAAAACAUAAACGCUAUUACGGUACCCAACUGGCGAACGCGUGUGAUCAGAACAAUUUCAGUUAAAUAUUACUUAAAUUACCUGUUUUUAUACAAAAUAAAACGUAUUCACCGUUUCCCGAGAACUAUAAGUAUGGACCACGAAGGUGUGUCCAGUUGUACGCAUGUGCGGAGCGAAAUAAUGACAGUUUCGAGUUCACCCUGUUUCCCCAAUAGUGCGCUCCUCAAUUCGGUCGGGUUAUACGUGCUGCGAUGAAUUGUGAACCUUACGUGUGUGUGCGAAGAUUCAAAAUUGUGUUGACGAUGCGAGAGACGAAAUUGACAGCGUACCGUGAUUUUCAAUUGUGUCUUCUUAAUUCGAUAGGAUUUUAAGACUACGUACUGCAAUGAAAAUUGUAUCUUGUGUAUACGUGUGAAGGUUGAAAAUUGUAGUGCAGUGAUGAUAUUAGAUGGCAUGAACUUAUACAAAAUAGCUUUUCUAAAUGGUCAAAUGGUCCGAUCAUGACAGACGAGAAUGAUGUCUCGAUGCAUUCAAAUGCGUAGACGUAUUGAAACGUACUUGAAACACAUGCAAUCGAUUCGAUUCUUCCUCCUUAUCACGUGUAUCAGCCUGGCGCUCUCCGUGAUAUGGAUACAGUUAGUAGAAACCGAUAAGCCAACAUUCAUCAACGAAACCUUGAUAAACGAAGUUAUAAAAAAUGUCGCUCGUGAUUACAGAUAUGCGGAAAUAUACAGAAAGGUGGAAAAGCUACCUAGCGAUGUAAAAUAUAUUCUUCUGUGGACCCGAUAUGAUUUUGCGCCGUUCUACUAUUUUGGGAAAGGCCAAAAAGCUUUCGUGGACAAGAAAUGCCCAGUGAUUAACUGCUACGUGACGACUGAUAGGAAUUAUUUUAACGGCGAUGUUACGAAGUUCGAUUAUAUAUUCUUCAAUGGACGUAAUACUGAGCCGUUGACUAAAUCAGAUCUUCCAUUGAGUCGUUCGCCACGACAGAAGUACGUUUAUUUCAAUAUGGAAUCAGCUGUUAAUAUACCUGUAUGCAAAGAUAUAUACGAAGAUUUCUUUAACCUAACAGCUACAUAUAGACUAGAUUCAGAUAUACCGAUUCCGUAUAUACAAGUUAAAAAUACUGAAGGCGAAGUUAUUGGACCCAAGCCGGAGAUGGAUUGGGUUGUAGGUGGUUCUGUUGACGAGAAUUUAGCGAUGAGACUGAAGAAUAAAACCAAAGCAGUGGCGUGGUUUGUCUCUAAUUGUAGAAGUAGGAACAAUCGUCGUGAAUAUGUAAAUAACCUGCAGAAGGCUUUAGAGGGAUACAAAUUAAGUGUAGAUAUAUAUGGAAAGUGUGGACCACUCACGUGUCCGAGGAAACAGAAGAAUUGCAGUACAAUAUUAGAUAGAGAUUAUUUCUUCUACCUCUCUUUUGAGAAUUCUUUUUCGGUAGAUUAUGUUACCGAGAAGCUUAUAACGGCGAUGCAGCAUGACGUUGUGCCGAUCGUUUUUGGUGGUGCUGAUUACUCUAGGUUCCUCCCUCCAGGGUCGUACCUGAACGCGCGAGACACCACCCCCACCGAGUUGGCAGCCACCAUUGUCGACCUCAUGAAGUCCUACACAAAGUACAGCAGGUUUUUCGGCUGGAAGUCUUACUACUCCUAUCGUGAUCCGUCCAGUACUGAUAACAUAUGUGAAGUGUGUAAAGCUCUUAACUCAGUGUCAAUGGAGAAGCCGAAGUAUUACAAGCAGUUCCGCAGUUGGUGGUUGCCGAACUUUGGUGAAAGGUGUAGAUGAUAUAAACAGAGACAUUGCUACGGUUGCAAUGACAUUAGCCUUUUAAGUGUAGAUUUACAAAUGGAAAAACUAACUCCAAGAGGAUGAAAUGAAAUUUUUAUCUGUAACUAAAACGAGAUUUGAAUUGGCAAGUUUUGGCCACAAAUGAAAUCCUUAAAACAGAACAAAGAAUCCUAACAAAGAAAGUUAUGAAAUAAAUAUAUUUAUUAUUAAAAUUAUAAAGAGUUAAAGUUUGUAGUAUUGUAGGGGUAAUCUUUGGAUCUACUAAACCAAAAUUGAAUAUUAUUUUACCAGAUGCCACGUAAUUUGUGAGUGUCAGCUAUAUUUAAUAGCCGUAUUCUCACAAAAACGGGAAUUAUGCGGGUGAAAUCGACUGGCGUUUACUAGUGUUCAUAUAAUUUAUUAUCAGAACCCCGCGGUUUUACCCGCGUAGUUUCAUACCCCAAUUCCGUGAGAAUACGGGAAUAAUUUAUAACCAUAUUACUCCCUGAUAAUGUAGCUUUCCAUUAGUGAAAGUAUUUUUCAAAUCGGUCGAUUACUUUCAGAGCUUAUUCAAUGCAAACAAACAAACAAUCAAAUCAUUUCUCUUUAUAAUAUUAGUAAAGAUCAAUUUCUUACAUAACUUAUGCAGGUACUACUUACUUACAAACUUGCAUGUAAAAAUUAGCCAAGUCAAAUCUUGUGCCUUAAUUUAUCCUAAGCUGCUUUGCACAAAUAAUUUGUCUGUUUUAAUGUAAAAAGUAAUUUUUAAUAACAAACAUUGUUGUAGUAAAAAAAGAACAAUUUAUGUUUUAAUCUCAAGGGGGGUAGGGUGGCUGACCCUCCCUGCCCCACCCUGGUUACGCCCUUGACUUUAUAAUACACGUGUCGCGAAUCGAGACAUUUUAACUGCAUGUGACUAGAGCCUUCAAUAUGGCGUGAAGUUGAAAAUAUAUUGUUGCAUUGGAAAUAUUAUUCUUCUUUUGUAGCAUAAAGAUCGUAGCUCAUUAGAGCCAUACGGGACCCGACCCGCCUCGUAACUAGGCGUCCACUUGUAGUCGACAGAGACCACGGGUGGACGCUGCGUUGUCACCAGUGAACCUCGCGUGGCCAACGAAUUUCCAAGUAGUAUUUCACGCGAGGCAAGCAUGCCAACAGCGAGCUAUCAUCGAGGAGUCGCCUCGCACCUCUUGGUGAUGGUACGAAGUUGACGUAGUGAGCGCAUGCGGAUACAAAUCUAAACGAAGAAUACUAACCACUCGAGGCGAUGUGGUGCGGGUCGGGUCCUGGGUGGCUCUAAUGAGCUUCGACCUUAAAGCUUUAAUUCCGAUACUAUAUGGUUGUCUUAUAUUUUAAGUUGGUGCUAACACAUUCAUCAAGUCAUAGUUUUUGUAAAAAAUAUUUAUUUAUUAAUAUUAUACCUAUUUUGGAAGUCUUUGGCUUUGAAUGUAGUGAUAAUGUGUACAGACAAGCGUUAUAAAAUACACUAGCCAACGCCUCGGAGUUUCACCCGUGUUUUGAUGGCCUCUGUGGCGCAGUGGUAUGCGCGGUGAAUUCACAAGACGGAGGUCCUGGGUUCGAUCCCCGGCUGGGCCGAUGAAGGUUUUCUUUAUUGGUCCAGGUCUGGCAGGCAAAGACGUACCGCCAAGCGAUUUAGCACUCCAGUACGAUUUCAUGUAGAAACCUACUCCUACUCCUAACAAGUUAGCCCGCUUCCAUCUUAGAUUGCAACAUCACUUACCAUCAGGUGAGAUUGUAGUCAAGGGCUAACUUGUAAAGAAUAAAAAAGUUCCCGUUCUCGUGGGCAUACGAGGAUAACAUAUAGCCUAUGACAUUCACAAAAACAUGGCUUUCUAUUGGUGAAAGAAUUUUCAAAAUCUCACUAAGUUUACCUCAUUAUAAUCUAUACUAAUGUUAUACAGCUGAUGAGUUUGUUUAUUUGGUUGAACGCGCUAAUCUCAGGAACUACUGGACCGAUUUGAAAAAUCCUUUCAGUGUUAGAUCCAUUUAUCGGGAAAGGCUAUAGGCUAUUAUAUUAUCCCCGUUUUCUUACGGAAACCGGAACCACACGGGUGAAACCACGCGGCGUCAGCUAGUAUAGACGGCUAGCCGUUUUUCAGUUCACAUGUGAUUAUACGCUCAAACAUACAGACUUGUUUGUUAACUUUAUUAAAACCAAACGGUCUUCCAGAAAAGAUUUAUAGUAGUAGCAAAAGUUUCUACAAUAAUAGCUUAGAGUUAAAUCGAAUUAUUAAGAUUUUAAUUGAAUAUAGGCAAUUUGGAAAAGGGCACAUGUCGGAUAUUCUGUACAUACACCUCACAAAUAUAAAAUAUCUAAUAACUUAUUUAGGUUUACUUUUAAAUAAAUAGUUUUAGUAAUUUUCGAAGGCUAAUAAUAGUUACUUUUAGAAAUUAUACACUGAUUUGGAAAAUAAUUAGUUUUUUUUUUAAAUUUCUGGACACUUUAAAUUUUUGGACUUGUGCCCUUUUCAAAAUUAAAUGUUCAAUUGAUCUAAUUGUAUUUAAAUGUGAGAUUACUUUUGCAUCUACAUAUAUACUCGUAAUGUGCAAUGCCAUUGCAAUGCUGUUUGUUUUUAAUUUUAUUAUAAAGUUUUUUAAGUACAAUUAACGAUGAAAUACGUAAGUACCUUUUGUUAUGUAGAUAAUAUCUAAUAUAUAAAAUACAAACAUGUAAAUAGUAGAUAUACCUAAGUACUUAUUAUACAUAAAUAAAUAUAAUUUUGAAAAAUUCACACUGCUCCAGAAAUCUGUAAUAAAUUAACUUUUAAAACAAAUAAUAAUAAAUAUCUAUUAAAAGCAGAAAAUUAUAUAAGGAUGUUUGCUAUUCUUUCAUCAUCAUUGAUGACCCAAAUUCGGCUCACUUGUGAGCACGAGUUAGGCUAAUUAGUAAUCCACCACGCUGACCCAAGCUGUUUUAACAAUUGAUUAUAAAAUAAAUAAAUAAAAUAAAAUAGAAUAUAAUAUACUAUAAUUAUAAUUGAUUAUUAUCAAGUUAAUUUCUCUCUAUCUCAUUCCUACGCUCAGAAGAUUUUAUUACCUAGUAGUAGUAACCCUGUUAGUUACCAGAAUCAAGAAUUUUCGUAGAUAAAAAAGUUGAGCAUCAAGAUGAAGCUACUCAUGGAAAAUUAACUUGAUAGUAAUCAAUUGUAAAAAUGCUUCUCGGAUCCUGGACUAAAGGUACUGUUACACAUGCUCUAAAGUAGCAUGCUACAAACGUGCUAUUAAGUAUGCUCCGAGCAUGCUUAUCAUCCGUUUACAUUUGCUAGCUAUAAGCAUGUUAUUUUUAAGUAUGCUCCUAAAUAAGCAUGCUCAAAGCAAACAUUCCAAUUACACAUGCUAAUUUUUAUCUAUCGCUCUCUGUCUAUAGUAUCGUGUUAGACAGGGAGAGAUAAAGGUGAAUACAGAAUAGCAAUGUUGAUCGACUAGCAUACUCGAUAAGCAAACCUGUUCAGACGCGCUCAAAAGCUUAUUAGCAAUGUUGCGAUAUACAUGCUAAUAAGUAGCAUGCUUUCGUGCUUGAAAUGAGCAUGUGUAACAGUAGCUUAAAUAUAUUUAUUGGCAUAUUUAAUUUGACAUAAAAAUCUUUUCAUCCAGUAAACAGAUGGGUGAAGGCCCUGUUUUAGUGGUAUCCUCUAUUAUUACGUCAAAUCCACUACACGGAAUAUUUUAUAACAAACACAUUGUAAAUAUCACCAAAACAAAACCAAAUAAUAAAUGUAUUAUCUGUAAAGAAUAAAGUUAUUGUUGUUAAACUUAUUUGUAAGAGUGUGAAUGAAACUUAAUUUAUUUCUUUUUAUUAUUUUGUAAUUUUUAUAUGCUCUUGUGUACAAGAUACUUUAUGUUUAAAAUAUUACUUUUUUGUUUUCAUUGAAAAUGAUAUAAAAAAAAACAGAGGGCCUAGUGGCAGUUUGAUACUGUUACUAUCGCGUUAACGUAAACGCGAAUUUCUAAGGAAUUGAAACAGCGUCAUCUAGUGGCACUACUGCACAACUGUUAAAAUUACAUAUAAAUUCGCAUUAACUUCAACGCGAUAGUGACAAUAUGAAAAUAUUGAAAACUCCCACUAAACACACUGGUGACAAAGUUAUGGAAGAAACUAGGUACUUACUAUUUAUUUUAAGAAAUUUGAAACUAUUAAUUUUUUAUUGACUAUUUUUUUAUUGAUAUUAAAAGUAUGCUAUUAGUAAAGCAAUUUUGUAGAAAGACAGUAUAUCUGCGAUGAUUAUGCUUUCGGAGAUGUACGUACUUACGAACUUCUUUGCGACAAUGCUGUGCGCUCAAAAACGCCUCAUAGUAAAUAUGUUUUGCGUUACGUCACACCGAAGAAAAAUCGUUGUUUUUUUUUUAUUCUUUACAAGUUAGCCCUUGACUACAAUCUCACCUGAUGGUAAGUGAUGAUGCAGUCUAAGAUGGAAGCGGGCUAACUUGUUAGGAGGAGGAUGAAAAUCCACACCCCUUUUGGUUUCUACACGGCAUCGUACCGGAACGCUAAAUCGCUUGGCGGUACGUCUUAUGUAAAACUUGUAUGGGCGUAUAAAAUUACAGAUAUCGUUGUUAAUUUUGCGUUUAUGUUUAUAUAUUUCUUCCAAUAAAAAUGUCGAAUAUAAAAUUGUACGAUUUUCAUUUAGUAUAUUUAUUUAAUUUUUUUAUAUUUUAAAAUGCAUGAUUAUUAUUUUUGAAAUUUUCGAACCUUAUUUAUUUUACAAAUUUUUGAUUUUUUCAUUUUAUUAUUUCUAGAAAAUAAAUUUAUAUUUAUGUAAAUAUAAAUUCUCGUUUAAAAUUAUAAUUAAUUGAAUUACGACUAAGAAUUAAAAGAAUUAUGUAUUAAUUAAUUAAUAUUGACUUAACUUAAGUAAUAUUCAAAUGUAGUGAAAUACCUAAUUGGCCACAUUAUGAGCGGUCUUAUUUGCGGCUGCAAAUCUAGCUAACAAGCAGACCUCACUUUUCUGACCAUGACCAUGACCCAGACCCAUGUCUUGGUCAUGGUCGCUUAGUGGACGAGAACCUGAAGGUUUACUUUUUUUUCAAACAAAAUCCUAAUAUUAUCAGAUCUCCUUCUAUAUUAUGAAUGUAUGUAAUAUAGUAUAUGGCAUAUAUUAUUUAAAAAAAUAUUACGAUUGAAUUUAAACGGAAUAACCUCUAUUCGCCUUAUAUUGUUGUUAUAUUUCUAAGUGUUUGUGAUGUAAACCUAUGUAUUGAACAACCAUAAAAGUUUUGAGUGUUUU